AUGUCUUCGUCGAUCCAGCUCCUCAACCCGAAGGCCGAGUCCUUGAGACGCCUGCAGGCACUCCAGGUGAACAUCGCCGCCGCCCAGGGCCUCCAGCAGGUUUUGGCGUCCAACUUGGGCCCCAAAGGCACCCUAAAGUUGCUUGUGGAUGGAUCAGGUAACCUCAAGUUGACCAAAGACGGAAAGGUUUUGCUUACGGAAAUGCAGAUCCAACACCCCACGGCGGUCAUGAUUGCACGUGCCGCUACCGCCCAGGACGAGAUCACCGGUGACGGAACGUCCACUGUGGUGUUGUUGGUGGGUGAAUUGUUGAAACAGGCUGAGAGGUUUAUCUCUGAGGGAGUGCACCCUCGUGUGCUUGUGGAUGGAUUUGAAAUCGCCAGAGAGGCUUCUUUGAAGUACUUGGACAGCUUCAAGACCACGCCCGAGCUGUUUGACAGGGAGUUUUUGUUGCAGGUUGCCAAAUCGCUGGUGGCUACGAAAGUGACUUCUGACAUCACUGAUGUGUUGGCGCCGAUCGUGACGGACUCUGUUUUGGCCGUCUCCGGCGACGACGUGGCCAGAAACAACUUGGACCUCCACAUGGUCGAGAUCAUGACGAUGCAGCACGGACACGCCAGAGACACCUCUUUCAUCAAGGGACUUGUUUUGGACCACGGCGCCCGCCACCCGGACAUGCCCCGUGUGGUGAACAACGCGUACGUGUUGAUUUUGAACGUGUCGUUGGAGUACGAGAAGACGGAGGUGAACUCUGGCUUUUUUUACUCGACGGCUGAACAGAGAGAGAAAUUGGUGGCUUCCGAGCGUCAGUUCGUGGACGCCAAGCUCAAGAAGAUCGUGGACUUGAAGAACGAGGUAUGUGGCUUGAACGGCGACGCCGGCUUUGUCAUCAUCAACCAGAAGGGUAUCGACCCCAUGUCGUUGGACGUUUUGGCAAAGAACAACAUUCUUGCCUUGCGUCGUGCCAAGAGAAGAAACAUGGAGCGUUUGCAAUUGAUCGUGGGCGGAGAGGCCCAGAAUUCCGUCGACGACUUGUCGCCAGAGAUCUUGGGUCGUGCUGGUAGGGUCUACGAAGAGAGUAUUGGAGAGGACAAAUUCACCCACAUCACCGAGUGCCCUGAAUCCAGAUCUGCCACGAUUCUCAUCAAGGGCUCUGCUGCUCACGAGUUGCAGCAGACCAAGGACGCUGUUCGUGACGGUUUAAGAGCUGUUGCCAAUGUGAUCAAGGACGAGUCCAUUGUGCCAGGUGGAGGCGCCUACUUUAUGAGCUGCAACCAGCACCUUCUUGCCAGCGAGACGGGUAUCCUUAGAGGCCGCAACAAGCCUGGUAUCCAGGCGUUUGCCGAGGCGCUUUUGGUUGUACCCAAGACGUUGAGCUCCAACGCCGGUUUGGACUCGUUGGAGACCAUUUCCUCUUGCCAGGAUGAAAUUGCCGAAGGCCACCAGGUCGGCAUCGACCUCACGUCGGGCGAGCCCAUGGACCCAGCGCUUGAAGGCGUGUGGGACUCGUUCAGAGUGUUGAGAAACGCCAUUUCGUCCGCUACAGGCAUCGCAUCCAAUCUUUUGUUAUGUGACGAGCUUUUGAAGGCGGGUAAGUCGUCGUUGAAGGGCCAGGGCGGUGGUGGUCUGCCCCAGGGAAUGCCACAAGGAAUGCCUCAAGGAAUGCCUCAAGGAAUGCCCCAGGGGAUGCCCCAAGGGAUGCCUAUGAUGUAG